UCUGGGUGUGUUGUUUCCCCCAGAGUGGGCUCCACCCUUUCACUAACCACACUGUGUGGAUAUCUUGCUGCUUAAAACAAAGAUCAUUUUUAGGGCAGCAUUGCAUCAGAAUUGCCACACGAAAACAAGUUUAAGAAAUGUGCAGAGGCUUCGGGGGUUUUAGAGGAAGACUUGAAAUAUGAGUUCAGACACCAGCCCAGCUGUGAUCACCACUCCUCCUCCUCCCACCAUGCCUCACAAAGAGAGGUAUUUUGACCGAAUCAAUGAAAGUGAUCCGGAAUACCUUCGAGAGAGGAACAUGUCUCCUGAUCUGCGACAGGACUUCAAUAUGAUGGAGCAGAGGAAGCGAGUCACUCAGAUCCUGCAGAGUCCUGCCUUUCGGGAAGACCUAGAAUGCCUCAUUCAAGAACAGAUGAAGAAAGGCCACAACCCAACCGGUUUACUAGCAUUACAACAGAUUGCGGAUUACAUCAUGACCAACUCCUUCUCAGGCUUUUCUUCACCUCCCCUGAGUCUUGGCAUGGUCACACCUAUUAAUGACCUUCCUGGUGCAGAUACAGCCUCAUAUGUGAAGGGAGAAAAGCUUACUCGCUGCAAACUCGCCAGCCUGUACAGACUUGCAGAUUUGUUUGGGUGGGCACACCUGGCAAAUACGUACAUCUCAGUACGCAUAAGUAAGGAGCAAGACCAUAUUAUAAUAAUUCCCAGAGGCCUCUCUUUUUCUGAAGCUACAGCCUCCACUUUGGUGAAAGUCAACAUAAUCGGAGAAGUGGUGGACCAGGGCAGUACUAAUUUGAAAGUUGACCACACAGGAUUCAGUCCCCAUGCUGCCAUCUAUUCAACACGUCCCGACGUGAAGUGUGUGAUACACAUCCACACCCUUGCUACCGCAGCUGUGUCCUCCAUGAAGUGUGGGAUCCUUCCAAUUUCCCAAGAAUCUCUCAUCCUGGGAGAUGUAGCCUAUUAUGACUACCAGGGCUCACUUGAUGAAGAGGAGGAAAGAAUUGAACUUCAGAAAGUUCUGGGUCCAAGCUGUAAGGUGCUCGUUCUCAGGAACCACGGUGUGGUGGCUCUUGGAGAAACCCUUGAGGAGGCUUUCCACUACAUUUUUAAUGUACAGAUGGCCUGUGAGAUUCAGGUGCAGGCGGUAGCAGGGGCAGGGGGAGUAGACAACCUGCUCAUACUGGAUCUUCAGAAAUACAAAGCUUUCACCCACGGUGUGGCUGUGUCUGGAGGAGGUGGUGUCAACAUGGGCUCCCAUCAGAAGUGGAAGGUUGGGGAGAUUGAGUUUGAAGGGCUGAUGAGGACCCUGGACAACUUGGGCUACAGAACAGGCUACGCGUACAGGCAUCCUCUAGUUCGAGAGAAGCCUAGGCACAAGAGUGACGUGGAGAUCCCAGCCACUGUGACUGCAUUCUCCUUUGAAGAUGACAUUGCACCACUCUCUCCCCUCAAGUACAUGGCCCAGAGACAGCAGCGUGAAAAAACAAGAUGGCUGAAUUCACCAAAUACUUACAUGAAAGUGAAUGUGCCGGAGGAAUCUCGGAACGGGGAAACUAGUCCCAGGACCAAAAUCACGUGGAUGAAAGCAGAGGAGUCCUCUAAAGUUAGCAGUGGAACACCGAUCAAAAUUGAAGAUCCCAAUCAGUUUGUUCCUUUAAACACAAACCCGACUGAGGUGCUAGAAAAGAGAAACAAGAUUCGGGAACAGAAUCGCUAUGACCUGAAGACAGCAGGGCCACAGUCUCAGCUGCUGGCGGGGAUCGUUGUGGACAAGCCACCCUCUACCAUGCAGUUUGAAGAUGAUGAUCAGGGCCCACCAGCUCCUCCUAACCCGUUCAGUCAUCUCAUGGAAGGAGAACUUGAAGAGUAUACGAAGACAAUCGAGAGAAAGCAGCAAGGCCUGGAUGACGCUGAGCAAGAAUCACUCUCAGAUGACGCUGCAUCUGUUUCACAAAUUCAGUCUCAAACCCAGUCACCGCAAAGUGUCCCUGAGAGAUUAGAAGAAAACCACGAGCUAUUUUCCAAGAGCUUCACCUCCAUGGACGCGCCUAUCAUGAUUGUGAACGGCAAGGACGACAUGCAUGAUGUUGAAGAUGAGCUUGCUCAGCGAGUCAGUAGACUAACAACAAGCACGACCAUAGAGAACAUCGAGAUCACUAUUAAGUCCCCAGAAAGAACUGAAGAUGUCCUGUCACCUGACGGCUCGCCUUCAAAGUCACCAUCCAAGAAAAAGAAGAAAUUCCGCACGCCUUCUUUUCUCAAAAAGAACAAAAAAAAGGAGAAAGUUGAGGCCUAAGUAGUCUUUUUGUAAUUUGUAUGUUACAUUGUGGCAUUGCACAGUUAAAUACCGUAUUUUAGUUAAUCGUUAAUAUACGGUGGUAGAUCAGAUUGGGAGUACGUAGCAAACUAGACUUUAAAAAACUGGAAAGAGUUUUUACUAAAAGAAAAAUAUUAUUGAAAACUUUCAAAUUCAUCUCUUUUUAUAUGUCCAAAAAUGACUAAACUGUUCAACAGUCGCUGGUUUUACUUAGCUCUGCCCUCAUGGAGCGUUGUCAUGGCUGCUCAUGUGCAGGCGCUGCCUGUCACUGCAGGCUCUCUACAUCAUGUAUGUGGGAAAGAAAUUGCAGUGAACAAGAGAGAAUUCUUACUUCUUCACAGCGCUUCACUUGCUACUCAGACUAUAAUUUUGUCAUGGUUACCGACUGUAUCUUUGGGUCCCCCCCAUUGUUUCCAUGGGCAUUAAUGGAAUGCUUUAAAAGCUUCUGCAAGAUUCUAGAACAUUAGUAUACAUUGGCACAUCAUUUUUUAAAAAUACCUUAAGAUUUGUUCGGAAUUUUACUCAUAGUAUGAAAUUCCCUUGCCUGAAGUAACUGUUUGCCAAAAAAAAAGUCAUUUUAAUAAACUAUAAUUUUUGAAGAACGUCCUUUUUUAUUAGUUUAGAAAGCCCCUUAUUUUUCACAGAGGGGAUUUUGUACACAUAAUAUGAGUUAUUUAGUUUAACUCUUGCAAAAAACAAUUUUUGUAUGUUAAAACGUUUGUAUACCUUCAGUAUAAGGUGUCAUGUGCAUUUUAGCCAAUCAGUUAAGAGUAAAGCAUACCUGAGGCUUCUUGGUCCUGAGUGUAAUUCAAGAGCCCAGGGACACGGCAUCCAAAGGGCAUAUAAAAGUCUGGAGUCAUAUUUGAACGUAUAAUGUAUUUUUCUCUUAGUAUUGCUGAUGGAUGAAGAGCAUCUCAUGAGGUAACAAGGGGAAGAGGCUGAAGGGAACAGGAGAGUCAGGGACGGGAGUGAGGAGCAGCCGGACGGACGGUGAUGUGUCCACAGGAGAACAUGGGGAUGGACUUACUGACAAUAAGGCCCAAAUUUCUAAAAUCCUGUUUCCUGCCAAAAUCAAUGUCUUGGUCAACAUUGAGUUUUAAAGGAGGUUAAAGUAUACAUUCUUUUAGAAGACGGACAGCACUAGAAUGAAUCAGCAGGUCUAAUCCCACCAGCGAGAAGACUACCACGUCUUGAUUUUUGCAAACUUAAUCUUGAUUUUUACAAACUUAAAUUUUCUUUAACUUCCUUUCUACUGUAAAUACAAAAUUUAAACCUAGAUUUAAUAUAGUUUUCUCCAUUUUCCCAAGUAAUGUCACAGAUCAAUGUAAAUGGAUGAUCCAAAAUAUUCAGUGAGUGGAAAUAAAGCGCCCUGUCAGGUGAGCUGGCAUGCAGAUGUGACGUUGACCACAGUGCUCUCUGGGCUGGUUCUGUCUGACUGUGUGAUGCUGCAGACGUCCUCUUAGAUCUCACUAACUACUGGAACCUGUUAGUCUCCUAGUGGAAACUUUGAGUUGCUGAACUGUGUAUCUGAGGAUUGUUUUAUGUUCUACAUCAUCUUUGUUGUAUUACAACGUGUGUAGACACAGUAACCUGUGAACUCUCCUUUUCCAUAACUUUUAAAGAAUAUAUAUAUCUAAAUGAAUGCAGUGUGCAUACAUAUUUUUUAAACACAACAGUAAACUAUUGCACCUUUUUGCUAAUGCUUCUCUUUCCUUGCUUUGACAUAAUGAAUGAGCCAGUGAACUCAGUGUCCUGUGGAAAAGGUGUCAAAGUUACCUGACACUGCUCUUAGAUGUUAUGCUAAUUAAUGUUAAAUCACAAUAAACGGUAUUUUAAAUAUGUG